UCCCUUCGCCUUUUUGACAAAUCGUGCAUAUUUCCGUAGCCACACACUCACAAGCCACUGAGCGCACCUAAAGUAUAGGGCAUUCAGAACGCUAAGGACAGGAACCACAGCGCCUGGCUGCUUCAAGCCAUAUAUGUGAAGUUCAUGGAGCAAAAUCCAAAGAGGUAAACCCGAAGCCAGCCUAACAAAAGAUUAGUAAAACAAAAAAUCAUCUGUACUCACAAGUACACCGCCGAUAUUAAUAUUUACCCACCAAUAGUUCCCCGGCUUCCCGUAUCCUCGCCUUGCCUGCCCUAAACGAGCACUGCGCGAUCUCGCGCUAAAAUAUCGUAUUACUCGAUUUGGCAAUCCGCCCUACGCGCCAUUUCCACCCACCCACUCAGCUCGCAUAAUGUGUUAUAAAAGCCCUCUAAAAAGCCUCCAUUUGCUUUCUUUCAAACAAACUCACACAUAUCUACCAUUAUUACUUCUUCACAGAACUCUCUUCACCCUCAAAAUCUUCCCACCACCAAUAUGAAGUCCUUCGCUGUUGCUAUUACCGCCCUCGCCAGCAUCGCCGCUGCUCGCUUUUCAGGCACGCUUGAUAUCCUCAUGGUCGAUCAAAAUAACUGUUUGUACGCUUCCAUUGAUCCUCGUGAUACACAACUCAUGGUUGGCUGCGAUACCACUAAGCAGUGCCAAGCCAAUGGCAACGAAAUCGCCACCACACACUUCAAGUGCCAGACCGGCAAGGGCGACGCCGACAUCUUCACAUAUCCUCAUGACGUGCUCAAGUUUUGCCGCGCUGGCUUCUGCUCGUGCAUGAGCACCAGAUAUAGUGGAAAAUCCAACAAUGGCAUCGACACCUUGACAAAGGUUCACUUUGAGUAUGAUGAUGAUCAUGCUUGGGCCUGCUAAACGACAAGGCUUGGAGUACGCGGAGGGACAUGGAAAAGGCGAGGAAGGGGAUAU